AACGCGGAAGCAUUCUGAAUCAGGAAGUGCCGGAGUUAACAUGGCUUCGAAAGGAGAGACCGAGAGUUUGAGCGAGGAGGUGAUUUGUCCCGUCUGCCUGGAUUUCUUCACCGAUCCGGUUACACUGGAGUGUGGACACAACUUCUGUCGGUCUUGUAUCACACGGUGUUGGGAAAGGGAGGAGAGAAACUCCUGCCCGGAAUGUAGAGAGGAGUUUGCUGACCGCACCCUCAGGGUGAAUCGGGCCUUAGCAAAUGUGACACAAAAAGUUCGGAAUCUAAGCCUGAAUCCGAAAGGGAAGGAAAGUAAACGUCACUGCGAGGAACAUGAGGAAGAAUUGAAGCUGUUUUGUGAAACGGACAAGACACUGAUCUGUGUGAUCUGUAGAGACGCGCAGGAGCACAGAGAGCACCGCUUCAUGCCGAUUAAAGAAGCUGUUAAAAUCUACAAGGAUCAGCUAAAAUCUUCCUUAGACUCUCUCACAAAAAAGGAAUCAGACUUCCAGGAAAAGGAGCAGCAACAGAAAGAGAAGAUUUCCGGAGUUCGGGAACAGUCACACAGCCUUCAGUCCCACAUCACAUCCCAGUUUGCUGAACUGCACCAGAUUAUCACUGAGAAAGAGCAGAGCUUACUCAGGGAUCUCAGGGAAGAAGAGAAGAGGAUUCUCAACCCAAUGGAGAAAAAUCUUCUGGCUCUUCAAGAGAAUAUAAGGAUUAUUCAGGAGGAAAUCACUAAGUUAAAGGAACAGAUGGAUCAAAAAGACAGUGUGAUGUUUCUCAAGGAGGAAGCUCGUCGGAACAGAAGGAUUAAUGACGAUGUCCAGGAAUUGUCAGUGACAGAUGAGACCCUACCGGUUGAAAAAUUCGAUCACCUCUAUUUAUCAGUGCUGAGAGAAACGCUUGAUGCUAUUAAUCGAGUCUCUGUCACCCUGGAUGUGGAAACGGCGAGUCCGUAUCUCGAGGUGUCUGAGGAUCGGAAGAGUGUGAGACGGACCCGGACCCGGAGGAAUCUCCCUGACACCGGGAAGAGAUUCACAGACCGGGCUUGUGUGCUGGGAUCGGAGGGAUUCCCAUCGGGGAGACAUUACUGGGAGGUGGAGGUGACGGGGAAUCGGGACUGGUGUCUGGGAGUCGCCGCAGAGUCUGUGGAGAGGAAGGGACGGGUCAGUCUGAGUCCGGAGACCGGAUUCUGGUUCAUCGGGCGGGUUGAUGACGUGUUACAUCGGGAUUAUGACGUGUCCGGUCGCCCCUCCCCCGAGUCCCGUCUCGCUGCCGGUCCCAUCCCCGGGAGGGUGGGAGUUUAUCUCAGUUACGAGUCCGGGACAGUUUCAUUUUACAACGCGGAGACCAAGUCCCAUCUCCACACCUUCACUGUGAAUAAAUUCACGGGGAAACUUUAUCCUCUCUUCGCGCCCUGGGAUGUGAACCAGUGGCUGAGAAUCUGCUCCGGUUCCGCUCCGGGUCUGUAAACGGGUCGGGUCCCGGGACCGGCGUCAGGAGUAAAGUCCCUGUAAAUAUAAAUGUGCGGAGAGUGCAGCUAAAUACGUGGCUAAGGGGAUGGUGCAGGAGGGAGGGCUUCAUGUUUCUGGUCAAUUGGGCUUUGUUCCCUGGAAGGU